GGGCGGAGGCGAAUGGAUAUUAUAGGACCUUCAAAAGCUUCUUCUAAUGGAAUUAAUGAGCCCUCGCCCCCUGAUGAACACAACCCUGCAGCCUCACAUGCUAAGGAGCGGCAAGCAGACAGAGGCGCACUCAAACACACGGGACACAGGAUGACCCUCCGCGAGGAGCUACGAAGUCGCCAGUUCUGGCGGGCAUUGCUGGCAGAGAUUCUGGGUUCCCUGGUCUUUGUGUCGGCAGUGCUGGGUUCUUCUGUGCCUGGGCCCGGCGACGUUGCUCCAGGACCACUGUACCCUGCCCUGGCAGGAGGCAUGGUGGCUGUUGGACUUGGUCACUGUUUUGGAGAAAUCAGCGGGGCACAGGUGAAUCCCGCUGUCACUCUGGCAUUCUUGGCAACGCGUCGGCUGGACCUGCUAAGGGCUGUUGCCUACGUCCUCAGCCAGUGCCUGGGCGCCACUGUGGGGGCUGCUAUCCUCUACGUGCUUCUGCCCCUGGAAUCCGCAGCAGAAUGCUACCCCAGCAAGGUAUCUUCAGAUGGAAACGCAGGCCAGGCCCUGGGGAUGGAAGUCCUGGCCACGUUCCAGCUGGUCUUCACCAUCUUCUCUGUGGAAGACCAGCGGAGGCGGGAGGGGAGUGAGCCUGGGAACCUUGCCAUUGGCUUCUCCCUCAGUGCCGGUGUCCUUACCGCGGGCCGUUUUUCUGGAGGUAGCAUGAAUCCAGCCAGGUCUUUGGGUCCCGCCAUCAUCACAGGAUUCUGGGAGCAUCACUGGGUGUACUGGAUUGGUCCAGCUCUUGGGUCGGUGCUGGCUGGCGUGUCCCACGAGUUCCUUUUCACACCCAGCGCCUCCCGUCAGAAGCUGGUCGCUUGCCUGACCUGCAAAGACAUUGAGAUCAUGGAGGCGCCCAGUGUGUCCCGCUCGUCCCUGUCCACCGUCACCCAGACGGCCAUGAGGGCCAAGCAGGCCAAUAAGCACGACCACAGCUAAAUGGGCACCGCAGGCAAGAGGUCAUCGCAGUUUAUAGCAUUGUGCAGGUCUACCACAGCAAGACAAAAGCAAUCGAUUAUGUGGGGAUGACCAUUAUCAGUUAAUGUCAUAAAGGCCACCUUCAUAAUCUAUCAUAGAAACUUCUCUGAGUGCUUUUUACUAUUAUCUGGUAAAACAUAUACUAAUGUAUAGCAUACUGGAAGAGUUGAUAUAUUUGCCAAUGAAAAUAAUUUACUCUUGAAACACAAAGCAAGAAGCUACUGAGAGAUUGAUCAAACUAAAAACAGUAGAUGGGACCAGCGCAAAUACUCUAAAUUAUUUAUAUUUUCACUUUAUGCCGAACAAGAGGUUAUUCUGCGCAAAAUCCAUUACUGCAGCCAAUAAGAGUUCUGGCAAAUUUAUAAUCAAAGGAGGCCCAACAUCUAAAGAAUUGCAAAUGAAUCAUAAGGGUAGCUGUUGGACACCCAAUAAAGCCUUUGUGCUGCUAGAAUUCAAAAAUAAACCUGAGACAUCAUCCACAAAAUGCUGCUUAGUGGGCUUUUAGGUCUUUUAGUUCGCGCUCAUGUUAAUGGAGACUGAUGGCGAGGACACCCAACACGUCCCUCAGGAUGCCUGCCAGGCACCCGUGUCGGCCGUAACAAAAUACUUCGGACAGCAUUCCUCUCAGAGCCACCACCUCCAGAAGGUCAAGAUUCUUCUCAAUGGGAAGCAUCUCUUUGUAUGUUAAUUAAAAAUGACAUUGUUUUAUGGAUAAUUACAUUAAAUUUGCCAUCUGUCUCCAAGGGUGCUGGAGGGGCACGGACACCCUAGCAGAUUUGGGGGGAACAGUGCUUUUUUUCUAGCCCCAAAAUCUAAUGUCUAAGUUGCUCCCAGUUGGCAAAAUGCAGGGAAGGGGAACCCCCUAGGUCAGAACAAUCUGAAUGUGGGGGGCCAGAGGAGUCCAG